ACUUGGUUCGUGCAGGCUUCUGCAGCUGCAGGUGUAGCCAAAGGAGAACCGCGCCCCGGUUGACAGUUUGCUACUGUCCUGGGAAUGUAGAGCCGGAAGUUACGGAGCGCUAGGUGGCUGUGCAAAGGAGCAGUAUUAUCUUACUGAAUAGGGAAGCCACCCCUAAUGUGACGGAAACACCCUUGAACUUGGUGUCCAAAAGACAAAGACUUGAGUUACAACUCUGUUAGUUUUACUGUGACCCUGGAGCCAGAAUUCACAAUGACAACAGUAACCGUAACCACAGAAGUUCCCACAAGGGGUAAUAUAGAAGAUAAUUCUGCCUGGUAUGAGUCCACGUCAGCUCAUGUCAUUGAAGAGACCGAAUAUGUGAAAAAGAUCCGAACCACUUUGGAAAAAAUCCGAAAUCAAAUUUUUAAAGACGAAGGAGGACAUAACAACACAAAUCACAAACUAGAAAGAAAGUGCUGUCCAACCAUUCACAAUGACUCUGGUUCAUGUUGCGGUUUGGAUCUGCUCAUGGAAAGGACAAAAGGAAAAGACCUGAAGCUCUUAGAAAUGAACAAAGAGAAUGAAGUCUUGAAAAUCAAGCUGGAAGCUUCCAGAGAAGCAGGGGCGGCAGCUCUGAGAAACGUGGCUCAGAGAUUAUUUGGAAUCUACCAAGCACAGUCUGAAGAAGUUCGGAAGAAGCAUGAGGAAGAUAAACACCUACUCAAGGUUAACAAACUUGAAAAGGAACAACAAUUGAAACAACAUAUUGAAAAUCUGAAUCAAGUUGCUGAAAAGCUUGAAGAAAAACAUAAUCAAAUCACAGAGUUGGAGAACCUUGUACAGAGGAUGGAAAAGGAAAAGAGAGCACUGCUAGAAAAAAAACUGUCUUUGGAAAACAAGCUGAUGCAACUCAAAUCCAACGCUACAUGUGCUAAAAGCUGCCACGAUCUUCAAAUGGAGAUUGACCUUCUCCAGGAGCAGCUCUCCCAUCUGCAGUUUGUGAUUCAGUCUCAGCAUCAGAACCUGCGGAGUGUCAUCCAGGAGAUGGAAGGAUUAAAAAAUAAUUUGAAAGAACAAGAUAAAAGAAUUGAAAAUCUGAGAGAAAAAGUUAAUAUACUUGAAGCACAGAAUAAAGAACUGAAAACCAAGGUGGCCCUUUGGUCUGAAACUCCUAGGACAACAGUAUCCAAGGGUGUCUCUACAAGUGACUUGAAGACUGAAGGCACUACGCCCUAUAUGAUGUUGAUUAAGCUCCGGAAAUGAGCUGGAUAACUGAAGAUCUCCAUGAGAAAGAUCACUAUGUGGGUCUUAUUUAUUCCUUGAAACACAGCCUAAACGUGCAAGUCAAAAUGGCUCAAUGGCAGUAUUCAAUGAGAUUUACUAUACAUCAACAGCUCUGCAGGAAGACGGCACUCCAGAAAAUCAGACAAAUAAACAUUCAAGGCAAGGAACUCUUCACUGAAAACUUACUGAAUAGGUGAAGAGAUGUGGGGCUUUUGAUAGAAGAUGAAUUUUGUUUUAGACUUAAAAAAUCUGAAUCUUUUUUUGUAGAGUUUUGCUGAAGGAAAUUGUUUAAGGUUGUCAACUAUGACAUUCUGAUAGUGGUUUUUAUGUAUAUAGAUGGAAGAGUGUAUGUGUGUGUGAAUAAAAGAUGUAUUUUAAAGUUAACUUUGAAUAAUAAGAAAUACCUUAACAUGAAUUUAUAAAUUCAUCUCCUGACCCAUUGCUAGUGGGAGAGUUAUUCUCUAUGGCUUUAUGGGCAGCAGAAGGAGUAGGUUCGUUUCAGCUAAUUCCCCAACUCACACAGCCCUCCAGUGCUAAGAAUCACAAUGUCUUACUGUACCUUUGGAAGCCAUUGUUCUUUGGCUGGGAUUGAGAAUUGGUUGCUAGAGAUGACCUUCAAGUAAGCAUGAAGAAAUACAGUGUGACUCUGGCUUUGUGCCUAAUUUUAUUUUCAAGAUUCAUUGUAUUAUCUAAGACAAUAUUUGGGGGGAAAGAAUAGAAACAAAUGCUGUCAGCUCAUACCUUCACAAAAAUGUAUAUAUUAUGGGUUCAGAGGUACAGUGGCUUCUGUCUGUAGCUAAGAAGACUCUGGAAUUGGAAUUGUAUGGCUAGUGCCUUGGUGAAAGUGUGCUUACAUUUUGACAUAGCAUUCAUCACAGGUGAGUUUGUGCUUGCUGUGAGGAAAACCAGACUCUAAUUUGUAGAAAUGCAAACAGGCUAACAACAGGAGACAAUGCACUUGAACUAAAGGAAUAUGGGCAGACUUAGCCCUGCUGAAGGGGGAAUUACUUGUAAGCCUUUUGAUCAUCCUCUCUGGUGUAUGACUGUAAACAUUUUCUCAGGGAAGAUGCUUCAAGCUUUUCAAUGUGGAAUGUGAAGUAUCAGUAUUAUCUAUGAAAUAUUUAAGAAUACAUACAAAUGAGAUAAAGUAAUAUAUUUAUAAAUUGAUCAAAGUACUGUAAUCCUUGAAAUGUUGCAUAACUCUAUGUGUGCAUUUCAUGCUUCAUGUUUUUAUUGCUUACUAGUUUUUCAAAUGUAGUUACUUAAUAACAUUCAUGACACUGUUCGUAUGCCAGGAACAAUUCUAAGUACUUUACCUGUAUUAAUUGCUUUAAUCUUCCCCCAAAGACCUCAAAAAGCAUGUCAUAUUAUUAUUACCAUCUCACAGUGGGUGGAUACUCUGAGGUCCAGUAAUGUUCCCUGAUGCUAACUGUGGAGCCGGGAUUUGGACCUCUUGACGUGGCUAUUGGUAUUCCUUCUGCCUGCUCGUUUGGUGGUUUGAGAUAGUCCUACCCUACAGAAAUAUUUUUCUUUUUGCUACUUUAAUAAAAUAGUUUCCUUGUUGGCUCUC